GCCUGCCCUGGGAAAGACCGCAGUCAGCGCGGUCAGCUGGCGCUGGGGGGGCCGCGCGCCCGGAGGGAUCCAGGGAGACUCUCCCCGUGGAGUCUCACGCGUCCCGGGACCCCCGCUGCCCUCCUUGGGAGCGGUCCCCAGCCUUCUGCUCUGCCCUCAGGGUUGGCUGGCCUCUCGGCCUGCCUUUUGCUCAGAACCCUGUGUCAUUUUCUCUCUCUCCCUGUCACUGUCUGCAUCUCUGUCCCCAUCUCUCAAUCUCAUGCUGCGUCUCUCUGUCUCCAGCUGCCUGUCACUGUCUUUGUGUCUCUGUGACUCUCAUUUCUUUUUUUCUGUCUCCUGCUAUCUCUGUGUGGGAUUCCUUGUCUCUCUGUCCCUGCCCUCCCUCUCCUAUCUGAACCCUGGUCUCUGUGUCCCUUAGGGCUUGUCAAAUCCUUCUCCCCAGGGUCACCAGGAGGAGAGCCGGGACUGGACACAAACCAGGGCUGGGACAAUGGCAGUGCCUAGUCUGUGGCCCUGGGGAGCAUGCCUGCCUGUGAUCUUCCUCUCGUUGGGAUUUGGCCUGGAUACAGUAGAGGUGUGUCCCAGCCUGGACAUUCGCUCAGAGGUGGCAGAGCUCCGUCGACUGGAGAACUGCAGCGUGGUGGAGGGCCACCUGCAGAUCCUGCUCAUGUUCACAGCCACCGGGGAGGACUUCCGUGGUCUCAGCUUCCCUCGCCUCACCCAGGUCACCGACUACCUGCUGCUCUUUCGUGUCUACGGACUGGAGAGCCUGCGCGACCUCUUCCCCAACCUAGCAGUCAUCCGCGGGACACGCCUCUUCCUGGGCUACGCACUGGUCAUCUUUGAGAUGCCGCAUCUGCGUGACGUGGGACUACCUGCGCUUGGGGCCGUGCUGCGUGGGGCUGUGCGUGUGGAGAAGAACCAGGAACUCUGCCACCUCUCCACCAUUGACUGGGGACUGCUGCAGCCAGCACCUGGCGCCAACCACAUUGUGGGCAACAAGCUGGGCGAGGAGUGUGCUGACGUGUGCCCUGGUGUGCUGGGUGCUGCUGGCGAAUCCUGUGCCAAGACCACCUUCAGCGGGCACACUGACUACAGAUGCUGGACCUCCAGCCACUGCCAGAGAGUGUGCCCCUGCCCCCAUGGGCUGGCUUGCACAGCGAGAGGCGAGUGCUGCCACACUGAAUGCCUGGGGGGCUGCAGCCAGCCGGAAGACCCUCGUGCCUGUGUAGCUUGCCGCCACCUCUACUUCCAGGGUGCCUGCCUGUGGGCCUGCCCGCCAGGCACCUACCAGUAUGAGUACUGGCGCUGUGUCACAGCUGAGCACUGUGCCAGCCUGCGCUCUGUGCCCGGCCGCGCCUCCACCUUCGGCAUACACCAGGGCAGUUGCCUGGCCCAGUGCCCUUCUGGCUUCACCCGUAAUAGCAGCAGCAUAUUCUGCCACAAGUGCGAGGGGCUGUGCCCUAAAGAGUGCAAGGUAGGCAUCAAGACCAUCGACUCCAUCCAGGCGGCACAGGAUCUGGUGGGCUGCACGCAUGUGGAGGGAAGCCUCAUCCUCAACCUUCGCCAGGGCUACAACCUGGAGCCGCAGCUGCAGCACAGCCUGGGGCUGGUAGAAACCAUUACUGGCUUCCUCAAAAUCAAGCACUCCUUUGCCCUCGUGUCCCUGGGCUUUUUCAAGAACCUCAAACUAAUCCGGGGAGACGCCAUGGUGGACGGGAACUACACUCUCUACGUGCUGGACAACCAGAACCUACAGCAGCUAGGGUCCUGGGUGGCCGCAGGGCUCACCAUUCCCGUGGGCAAGAUCUACUUCGCCUUCAACCCGCGCCUCUGCUUGGAGCACAUCUACCGACUGGAGGAGGUGACGGGCACACGAGGUCGGCAGAACAAGGCUGAGAUCAAUCCCCGCACAAACGGAGACCGCGCCGCCUGCCAGACUCGCACCCUGCGCUUCGUGUCCAACGUGACGGAGGCAGACCGCAUCCUGCUACGCUGGGAGCGCUACGAGCCACUGGAGGCCCGCGACCUGCUCAGCUUCAUCGUGUACUACAAGGAGUCCCCAUUCCAGAAUGCCACAGAGCAUGUGGGUCCAGAUGCUUGUGGAACUCAGAGCUGGAACCUGCUGGAUGUGGAGCUGCCCCUAAGCCGCACCCAGGAGCCAGGGGUGACCCUAGCCUCCCUCAAGCCUUGGACACAGUACGCAGUGUUUGUGCGGGCCAUCACACUAACCACUGAUGAGGACAGCCCCCAUCAAGGAGCCCAGAGUCCCAUCGUCUACCUCCGAACGCUGCCUGCAGCUCCCACGGUGCCCCAGGACGUCGUCUCCACGUCCAACUCCUCCUCCCACCUCCUGGUGCGCUGGAAGCCACCGACCCAGCGCAAUGGGAACAUCACCUACUACCUGGUGCUGUGGCAGCGGCUGGCAGAGGACGGUGACCUCUACCUCAAUGACUACUGCCACCGCGGCUUGCGGCUGCCCACCAGCAACAAUGACCCGCGCUUCGACCGCGAAGACGGAGAUCCUGAGGCAGAGAUGGAGUCCGGCUGCUGCCCUUGCCAGCACCCACCUCCUGGUCAGGUUCUGCCCCCGCUGGAGGCGCAAGAGGCCUCGUUCCAAAAGAAGUUUGAAAACUUUCUACACAACGCGAUCACCAUCCCCAAAUCCCCUUGGAAGGUGACGUCCAUCAACAAGAGCCCCCAAAGGGACUCCGGGCGGCACCGCCGGGCAACUGGGCCCCUCCGGCUAGGGGGCAACAGCUCGGAUUUCGAGAUCCAGGAGGACAAGGUACCCCGUGAGCGAGCGGUGCUGAGCGGCCUGCGCCACUUCACGGAAUACCGAAUCGACAUCCAUGCCUGCAACCACGCGGCGCACACCGUGGGCUGCAGCGCCGCCACCUUCGUCUUUGCGCGCACCAUGCCCCACAGAGAGGCUGAUGGUAUUCCAGGAAAGGUGGCCUGGGAGGCCUCCAGCAAGAACAGUGUCCUCCUGCGCUGGCUCGAGCCACCAGACCCCAACGGACUCAUCCUCAAGUACGAAAUCAAGUACCGCCGCUUGGGAGAGGUAGGCGCCCGUGGGAUCCCCAUCCCAGUCCCGUUUUGUGCCUCCAUCGCCUUCUUAGCCAGCUGUUCUGGGUUACUCCAGGAGGCCACAGUGCUUUGUGUGUCCCGUCUUCGAUAUGCGAAGUUUGGGGGAGUCCACCUGGCCCUGCUGCCCCCUGGAAACUACUCUGCCAGGGUUAGGGCAACCUCACUGGCUGGCAAUGGCUCUUGGACAGACAGUGUUGCCUUCUACAUCCUUGGCCCAGAGGAGGAGGAUGCUGGGGGGCUGCAUGUCCUCCUCACUGCCACCCCUGUGGGGCUCACGCUGCUCAUCGUUCUUGCUGCCCUUGGUUUCUUCUACGGCAAGAAGAGAAACAGAACCCUGUAUGCUUCUGUGAAUCCGGAGUACUUCAGCGCCUCUGAUAUGUACGUCCCUGAUGAGUGGGAGGUGCCUCGGGAGCAGAUCUCGAUAAUCCGGGAACUGGGCCAGGGCUCUUUUGGGAUGGUAUAUGAGGGCCUGGCACGAGGACUUGAGGCUGGAGAGGAGUCCACACCCGUGGCCCUGAAGACGGUGAAUGAGCUGGCCAGCCCACGGGAACGCAUUGAGUUCCUCAAGGAAGCUUCUGUCAUGAAAGCCUUCAAGUGUCACCAUGUGGUGCGUCUCCUGGGUGUGGUGUCUCAGGGCCAGCCAACUCUGGUCAUCAUGGAGUUAAUGACCCAUGGGGACCUCAAGAGCCAUCUUCGAUCUUUGCGGCCUGAGGCAGAGAACAACCCUGGGCUCCCACAGCCAGCACUGGCGGAAAUGAUCCAGAUGGCUGGUGAGAUUGCAGACGGCAUGGCCUACCUUGCUGCCAACAAGUUUGUGCACCGAGAUCUAGCAGCCCGCAACUGCAUGGUGUCCCAGGACUUCACCGUCAAGAUCGGGGACUUCGGGAUGACUCGGGACGUGUAUGAGACAGACUAUUACCGCAAGGGUGGGAAGGGGCUGCUGCCGGUGCGCUGGAUGGCCCCUGAGUCUCUCAAAGAUGGGAUCUUCACCACCCACUCGGAUGUCUGGUCCUUCGGUGUGGUACUCUGGGAGAUUGUGACCCUGGCUGAACAACCCUACCAGGGCCUGUCCAAUGAGCAGGUGCUCAAGUUUGUCAUGGACGGCGGGGUCCUGGAGGAGCUGGAGGGCUGUCCCCUUCAGCUGCAGGAGCUGAUGAGCCGCUGCUGGCAGCCGAACCCACGCCUGCGCCCAUCUUUCACACACAUUCUGGACAGCAUACAGGAGGAGCUUCGGCCCUCCUUCCGCCUCCUCUCCUUCUACUACAGCUCGGAGUGCCAGGGGGCCCGGGGCUCCCUGCCUCCCCCCGAUGCAGAACCUGACUCCUCACCCACCCCAAGAGGGGCUUCAUCAGACUGCAGCCCUCAAAAUGGGGGUCCAGGGCACUGAGGGGCACCCCAUUCCCUGGCUGGCUGGCCUCCCAUGGGGAGAGAGGAAGGGACCCGACCUCUGUGGCUGAGAGGUCUGAAUGUUCACCCCCACCCCCACUCAUGGCAAGGGGUGGCCGAGGGUGGGGCAGAGAACAGGAGCAGGGGAGACUGUGGGGGUGGGCAGAGGGGUCUCACCAUAGGAGCUUCUCAGACUCUGAGUCCCUCGGGGGAAAGCAAGCAGGGUCAAAGCCAGAGGAGUGGAGAUCAGGCCAGGGACAGACGUCCUGCCCUCAGAGAAAGGGACGCCACUCAGACUAGGAAGAGGGGGCCCGCCCACCCUAGAGGUCCUGCCCCUCAGUUUGGGGUCUCCUGUGGACAGGUAGGGCCAUUGACAUGUUUGAAAUUAGAUGAGCAAUCAGAAGCAGGCCUGGGGCGCUCUCCAUGCAUGUGUGGGAGGCGGGGUGGGGGGUCCACAUGACUCCCUUGCUUGCCACUGCUUUUCAGCUCCUCCCCUUAGCUCCGCUGACCAGGUGGCGUGGGGAGAACCCAAAGGCCUGCGGAGUGGUUCCCAGCCUGCCUGCCCUCACCUCCUCCUCUCCUCUUGCCCCGCCCAGGGCUCCCCAAGCUUGGUGCUCCUUCCUCCUUUCUUCCAGGGGCAUCCCUUGGAGUAUAGUCACCCUUUCUCCAGUCCCUCCCCUCAAUGAUUAGCCCUGGAUGCUUAAGGCUUUCAGAACCUGGUCUUCCUCCCUCCCCUCACCCUCGCCCAGCCCCGCCCCCACUCCUGCCUCUCAUGGGAAGACUGGAGAAGGCACAAUAAAUGCCGAGGCCUGUUUGUA